CAGCCGCAAGCUCUAGCUCUUUUCCUUAUAAAGGCCAGAGCUUUGUGAAUUCCCUCCCUGGCCUCCUACCUCACUUCUUCUUCUUUCCAUCCUGCGACAGAUAUAUAUACUACCAGUUCGAGCAAUGGGGUUUCCGGUGGUGUACUCGGAGAUGCCGAGGCUGCUGCUCCACCUCCUCUUCCUGCUCGGCCACCUCCGCCGCCUCUCCUCCUGGCUGCUCCGCCUCGCCGGAGCCGAUGUCGUCGACUACUACCAAACCACCACCUUCGAUGCCUUCGCCGACGACAACCACUACCUCCACUACCACGAGCCUGCAGCCAGCUGCCAAGGCGGCCUGGAGCUGGAGGAGCACUCCCCGGCCGUGCGCUUCGACGAGCUCCCCUCCGGCGUCGCCGACACGCCGCUGCCGGAGGGCUGCGCGGUGUGCCUCGGCGACUUCCACGGCGCCGCCAGUGUGCGCCGGCCGCGCGGGUGCCGCCACGUCUUCCACCGCGGCUGCCUCGACCGCUGGGCCGCGCACGGCCAUCGCACCUGCCCGCUCUGCCGGGCGCCGCUCCUCCCGCCAGAGCAGCCAGCACCGGCGUCUCUGCUUGGUCCCGUUCUCCUGCCCAUGCCGAUGCCGCUCCCGGCGUCGUGAUUUGUUCCCACUCCGAGCAAGUUCGUUCAUGCAUGGUGCUGCUUGCAUAAUUCCGCGGUUGGUUCUUGCAAAUCCUGAGGAGAGGGUUUCGAAUCUACCGCUCCGGUUUGGGCGCGCUCUUACGGAAAAGAGCUCCGGGAAGAAGAUCACACAGAAGUGACAGGCCAAGGAGAGGUUUCGAAGUAUUUUCCGAUUGCCCCCUCGCUUGAAGAAAUUAUAGAAGGACAGUCCCUAGGGAAGGGGACUAGUUCAUGGUUUAAGAUUUGGUUAAUUCAGAUUACACUCAAUUGCUUUUGCUCUCUAAAGCAAAAUCAAUACGAGAAGAAGAGAAUGCCCUAUACAGGUUUACUUUAGGGAAGUAAAUAGAUGACUUUUUGUUAA